AAAGAGUGCCUUCCAUGGGAGGCGUUGCCCGGCCCAACGUUGCCUUACCUUCCCUCAGUCCCGGCAGGCGGCAGGCGGCCAUGCCGUUGAGCUUUCCCAAGUUUUCUGGUCUUCGUCUUUCCUCACACACGCCACCGCAUCUGUUGGCACACGCCACCAGCCAUGAAUCGUACAGCCCUAGCCUUGCUCAAUGGUUGAUUAAGCUUCGGCACGCCAAGAUCCGAAGCCGCCAUUCCUCUUUCCCAAGCCCAAUCCCAUCUUUGGAUCGAAGAACGAGCAACGAAAACGAUAAUGGUGGUCGGCUUCUAAGGAACAGGUUCUGUGUUGAACACUCAGACGAAGUCGAGUUUGAAAACAGAGAGGAAAACAAGGUUGGGGAUGACGACGGUAAUGAACAAGGAACGACGACGGCUGCGCCUGGAUCAGAUGCAGAUAGUGCCUGGCUAAUGCUGAAGAGGCUAUGUUCACCAACAGAUAAGCCGUUGGCAGCAGUCUACUCUCUAAUUGCAGCUCCAAAGCAACUCAAGCGAGAGAUAAAGAGGAAGACAUGAUCGACAUGAGUAGCUGUUCUAAGCAACUUCUCUAUUCACAGAAAAGUGGUAUGCGUGAAUCUCUUUUAACCGCAGCUCCAAAACAACUCAAGCGAGAGAUAAAGAGGCAUACAUGAUCGACACAACAGAGUAGAUUCAUUUUUAAUUGUAGAUUCACUCUCUCAACAUAUGUAGCGGGCAGUUGCGGCCAUUUGAAGGCGUCGAGACGACAUCGGCAGUCAAGGGGUAAUGUUGGGUAACAAAGAGAACUGAAUGGAAUUUUGGCUGGGGAAACCAUUUGUCAUUUGGCCCUUGCAGGUUUUUACCUGUUGAUCCUUUUUGUCUUGCUGAUUAUGUGUACAAAUCUAGGGUAUGCUUACUUUAAACUGCUCGCUGAACAUAUAUAGUUGGUCUUGCUUGCACUUUUGGCGAGAUUGCAAAUGUUAUUUGCUGUUUAGUUAGCUUCAUUUAUCUAAUUUGAGAAGCUCUAUGACGUGCCAACUAUUUUUCAUUAAAGGAGAAGAUUCAUUCAUCAAUCAAUCCCAAUGCCUUUUGGAAGGAGAACGACAAGAGCAACUAGCGAGGAAGUGUUCAUCAUUAUCAAAUGUAUCUUCGUAAAUGAACUUAGUAGCCAAGCAAACUAAUUGAGCUCUUGACGAUGUGGUUUGGAGAGAGCGAAGCUAAUGUCAGGGAAAUCUUUCACAAUGGUGGACAGGCUGCACCAUGUGUCCUUAACUCGGAGAGGAGAGAGGAGGCAGUGUUGGAGAUAUAGAUCCUAAUGUUGUCACUAUAGCUGCUGCUGGGCUUGCUCUUGCUGACGAAUGAGUACAAGUGAGAAGGAGGAGUAUAUUAUUUUUCCUGCUGUUGGACUAACGUCUAACUGAACCAGGAGUGUUUAAAUUAAGAUAAUAUGUGGGUUAGACUUUCAGUAUUUGCUAUGAUCUUUUAGUUAGUUUGAUUCAUCUGCUAAGAGUUGUGUUAUUUUGUGGACUCUAGAAGGGAAGAGCUGGUUCUCUUCAUUAAGCAUUGAUUUAUAUAAAUGACUAAGAUUUCUUUUAAUACCAUAGUGACAGAUUGAGAGUUCACCUCUUAUUCGUUUACUUCCACUAUUGUAAUUUUCUUUAGGAUGAAGAGAACUAUAGUGAGUUCCUCCUACAUAUUUAUAAAAUUACUUUAGUUUUGUUGGGUAUGGAUAGAUGAUGAAUUGAUAACAUCUUCUCUUUUGUAAAAGGAUUGCUCG